UGCAACCCGCAGUGCCCUGGCCUAUAAUUCAGCAACAACGGGAUCAAGAAAAAGGAAGAAAGAUGGCGGAAUAUGUGAAUGAAGCUGUACAAUGUCUUCUUAUCCAGAGAUGGUGGACACACGGAGAGCAGCUUGGUCCUUGCUAAAUUUUGGGCUGGACACGUUGGACUUGGCAGAGAUGGACAACAAGAUGAAUAGUUUUGACAUGGAGACACUGUCGACGCUGGACUACCCUUAUCUCCCCUCUCUAGAGUACAGCCACAACAGUCCCCACCACCACAGCCCAGACAGAAGCCACUCAUUCAACCGCAGCCCAGACAGAAGCCAAUCAUUUAACCACAGCCCAGACAGAAGCCAAUCAUUUAACCACAGCCCAGACAGAAGCCAAUCAUUUAACCACAGCCCAGACAGAAGCCACUCAUUUAACCACAGCCCAGACAGAAGCCAAUCAUUUAACCACAGCCCAGACAGAAGCCACUCAUUUAACCACAGCCCAGACAGAAGCCACUCAUUCAACCACAGCCCAGACAGAAGCCACUCAUUUAACCACAGCCCAGACAGAAGCCAAUCAUUUAACCACAGCCCAGACAGAAGCCAAUCAUUUAACCACAACCCAGACAGAAGCCACUCAUUUAACCACAGCCCAGACAGAAGCCACUCAUUCAACCACAGCCCAGACAGAAGCCACUCAUUUAACCACAGCCCAGACAGAAGCCAAUCAUUUAACCACAGCCCAGACAGAAGCCACUCAUUUAACCACAGCCCAGACAGAAGCCACUCAUUUAACCACAGCCCAGACAGAAGCCACUCAUUUAACCACAGCCCAGACAGAAGCCACUCAUUUAACCACAGCCCAGACAGAAGCCACUCAUUUAACCACAGCCCAGACAGAAGCCACUCAUUCAACCGCAGCCCAGACAGAAGCCACUCAUAUAACCACAGCCCAGACAGAAGCCACUCAUUCAACCACAGCCCAGACAGAAGCCACUCAUUUAACCACAGCCCAGACAGAAGCCAAUCAUUUAACCACAGCCCAGACAGAAGCCAAUCAUUUAACCACAACCCAGACAGAAGCCACUCAUUUAACCACAGCCCAGACAGAAGCCACUCAUUCAACCACAGCCCAGACAGAAGCCACUCAUUUAACCACAGCCCAGACAGAAGCCAAUCAUUUAACCACAGCCCAGACAGAAGCCACUCAUUUAACCACAGCCCAGACAGAAGCCACUCAUUUAACCACAGCCCAGACAGAAGCCACUCAUUUAACCACAGCCCAGACAGAAGCCACUCAUUUAACCACAGCCCAGACAGAAGCCACUCAUUUAACCACAGCCCAGACAGAAGCCACUCAUUCAACCGCAGCCCAGACAGAAGCCACUCAUACAACUACACAUACAGCGUGUAUCAACGUUCAGUAAACGAUAAGCCCGUAUCGCCUUCUCAGUCCAGCGACUGUAGCAUUGUCAGCCUGUCCAGACCCCGGCCUCACUCCAAUCCCCCUACUUACACAGACGCCAGCUCUCUGCUCAAUAUUGACUGUAGAGUGUGUGGGGACAAGGCCUCAGGCUUCCACUAUGGCGUCCAUGCCUGUGAGGGCUGCAAGGGAUUCUUCCGCAGAACCUUGCGGUUAAAACUGGUGUAUGACCACUGUGAUCUGCACUGUCGGAUUCACAAAAAGAGCCGGAAUAAGUGCCAGUACUGUCGCUUUCAGAAAUGUCUGCUUGUGGGCAUGUCACACGAUGCCAUCCGCUUCGGCCGGAUGCCCCAGGUGGAGAGAGAGAAGCUGCAGGCUGAGUUUAUGGAUGUGGACCCCAGGAACCCAGAGUCAACGGACCUGAGAGCCCUGUCCAGACAGCUGUGUUUGUCCUACCACAGACACUUUCCCCUGACCAAGAGCAAGGCCAAGGCCAUCCUCUCUGGAAAGACCCACGGAAACUCACCGUUUGUCAUCCAUGACAUGAAGUCUCUGACGGCGGGUCAGUACUUUAUAAACUGUAGACAGCUCCCAGUACUGGAGCGCCAGAGGUCCGUCCUGCCCCCUGAGGAGCCUGCUGGGGAGCUGGAGCUCUCCGUCUUCCGCCGCCUCCAGUUCCGCUCCGCCGAGGCCGUACAAGAGGUCACAGAGUUCGCCAAGAGCAUCCCUGGGUUCACAGAGCUGGACAUGAACGACCAGGUGAUCCUGCUGAAGUACGGGGUCAUCGAGGUCAUGACGGCCAUGCUGGCGCCGCUCAUGAACAAGGACGGCACACUGUUUGCCUACGGACAGAUCUUCAUGACCCGGGAGUUCCUGAAGAGCCUGAGGAAGCCCUUCUGUGAGAUGAUGGAGCCCAAGUUUGAGUUUGCGGUAAAGUUCAACGUGCUGGAGCUGGACGAUAGUGAUAUGGCGCUCUUCUUCGCCGUCAUCAUCCUCAGUGGAGACCGUCCAGGCCUGGUGAACGUGAAGCCCAUUGAGGACCUCCAGGAGACAGUGCUGCUGGCCCUGGAGCUGCAGUUGAAGAGCAUCCACCCAGACUGCCCCCAGCUGUUCGCCAAGCUCCUGCAGAAGAUGACCGACCUGCGGCAGCUGGUGGCCAACCACGUCCGCCUCAUCCACCUGCUCAAGAAGCAGGAGCUGCAGAUGUGUCUGCACCCCCUACUGCAGGAGAUCAUGAGAGACCUGUACUAAAGUAGUGGGGGACUCGGUUUUAACAGCUAUGAAGAAAAGAAGACUGCCCACUGUGAUAUAUACAGUAGUACAGUACUAUCCCAAUUGUGAUUCCUAUAACAAUGUGUAGACCCUUAUAGAUCUUUAACUAGCCUGGUCCUAGACCUGUUUGUGCUUUAGUCCACUCCUCUGUGGCUGGUAUGUCAUAACAACAAUAGUCACGGAGACCAGGCUAUUCUUCAUCGGGUUCUCAAUAAAACCGAAUGUCUGACUUCAGAAGUGACCUCCAUGACAAGACGCGCGCUGCCGCUCCGCUGAACCCUGUUUGAUAUUCAGUAAGGGGAAAGAUUGGUUUCUCGGAAGGGUCUUUGAACUGUACCACAUUGUGAAUUAUUCAUUACAGAGCUUCUCACCAUCUCGUUGUUGUUGCAGCUAUUCAGUCUUCUGCUGUGUUUUUUAGUUAAAGGGAUGAAAGGAGAAGUACUUUUAAUUGCAGGGCAUUCAUUGGAGCAUUCUACAAUAAACUAAAGCCUGGCUAAAGGUGUAAUAUAUUGUGAAAACGAUGUGUUAUCUUAGUACAUUUAGUUAAUGAUACAUAUUUGUAAUAAUAACUUUAUUUGUAUUGCUCUAUAUCAUAAAAUAAUCAAAUCAAAGUACUAAAAAAGAAACAGAAGGAAGGAGGGAGAAUGAAAAAAUAUAGCUAAUUAAAAUCAUUUGUUAUAUACAGUAUAUUGAGUCUCCUUGUCUUUGAAUCAUUCUAUAGGGGUUAGAUGAAUGUGAAAACAUCUAUUAGUUUCCAUUCCCUCAACAUGACCCUCUCUAAACAUGUCAGUGUAUAAUGCAUCCAUCUUUUCGCCUAACAUAGUAUAUAACAUGUACUACCAUGGACAUAUAUCCUGUGUUAUUCAUAAUGACCUGUAUAAGCAAUACUAAAAUCCUCUCUAAUAAAUUCAUAAAAGUAUUGCUCAA